GCUGUUUACUACUUGGUCCCCUCCACGUGCCAACACGAUGCGCCACUGCUCGUUUGAGCUCAUCGGCAGCUUGACUUGACCCAAAUGAACGCCCGAGUCCCGCACAAGGUCAAAAUCACACCAAGCAAUCUCACCUAAGUCUGAGGUCGUAAGGAUGGCCGCAGUCGAAGGUGGUGUCGUGCAGGUGGAAGAGGAGGAACCGCUGUCCCCUCGACAGAAGGCACCCUCCAUGCACGGAGCGAUCGAGUCGCUCGAAUCAAUUAACAAUGACAGCCUUGGAGCCCUCGAUGGGCGUGCGGACCCCGAUGCGCAAGCAACCGUCACCGACUUCCUGGAGUUUACGGAGCACCUGCCCGCGGACGUGAUGCGAUCGCUCACCCUGAUCGGCACGCUCGACCAACAUCACUCACAAGCCUCGCUCAAGCUGCACGAGCUCACGAGACAGUGGGGUCAGCUGCCCGGCCUGGCAACCGAGGAGAAGCCCCAGCCCGUCCAGCUGAGGGCUGACAUAUCCGAGGAGCUCAACCGCGUGCUGACCUCGCGCGUGUACUCGCACGCCGAGGCCGUGCGAAUGGCAGAGAAUGUGAAAAGGCAUGUCAACAGGCUGACGUUGAUCCAUGCGAAAUUGCGCAACAUGCUCGAGAAGUACCCUGCCGAUGACGUGCAGAGAAGCCCCGUCGCGGCGAGAUCCCCCCUGGCCACGCGCGGGGCGAAACGCCAGCCCGCUGGCGCUGAGAAGGGGCGCCGGCCUCGCGGCCCCAGGAUAACAGUCCCUGGCGAUGUCCUCGCCCCCUACGAUGUCGGCUACGAUACAAACAGCGACGAGAGUGAGAGCAGCUCGGAUGAGGAUGAAGAGGAGGAGCUUGCUGUGUCUCGACGCACACCAGCGGCGCGCGGCGGCAGCCAGAAGCCACGCGGGGGCAGGAAGGUGCCCGAGAAAAAUGUCAAGACGCCGAAACCAAAGAAUCAAAGGGCCUCACAAGCGCAGUCUGGUGGCGCGGCGAACACACCUGCUGGGCUUCCCAGCCGGACCGCACCUCUGGUACCCCCGCCGGAGAAUGCUGUUAUUGGCAGCGAGGACGCCCCGUGGUUGCAGCUUACACAGUGGGAGCUGUCAAAGUUGAGGAAGAGAAUGAAGAAGAACUCAUCGUGGGUGCCGAGUGAGACGAUGAUUCAUAAGGAGCUGAAGACCCUCGGCCGUGGUUACGACGGCUGGGCCACAGCUAAGAAGCAGGCGGAGGAUGAGGGAAGACCUUUCGAAACGUCACUCCCACAGCCGAUCAUCGACGAUGUGACGGGCUCUGAGCACCUCCCGAUGGGAGCCGUCACCCUGGACUCCGCGAUUGCUGCCGAGGACAGGAACCUCACCAACCGUGGCCAUGAGCUGAACAAGGCGAAGAAGAUCAAGAAGGAUCGUAUGUCGGACAUUGCGGCCAAGGAGGCGGAGGAGUCCGCGAGAAGGUUCGCUCUGAUGGCUAGAAACUUUCAGGUCUCUUUCCAGCAACCGCAGUCCUCAGAACAGGCGGCGAACAAGGCUCCUAGCAGAAGGCAACAGAAGAAACGAAAGAGGGAUUCGGUCACUGAGGCGGAUGCCGAGAAGCCAGACCCGGCGAGCUUGAAGCGAUCAAAGACCGAGACACCAGUCCCGAUCCCACCACAUAUUAACAUGCCUCGCUCUCAGCAGACCUCCGUGCCGCCUCCCCAGUUGACGCCCGGCGGCUCGCAGCCGAUUCCCCAGUCGACAACUCCGGUCCCCAUCCCGAUGCCACCUGGGCAGGAGCAGUCAAUUAUCACGGUGGGAACUAAGUCCACCGCAGUCUCACCUGCCCCUAGUUCUGAUGCGAACACGACGACGACCAUUGUGCCGACUAAGGCGCCGGCCGACGACGGUCCUCAGUCUCCCAUCAAGUCCACGACGCCUAUUGUGCCGCCCGGGAGGGAGACUCGAGCACGAGAAGCCAAGAAUCAAGCCAAGGAGAAAGCCGCUGGCCCCCCUCCCAUCAGGACGUCGGUAUCUCGUGGAAACACACCGUCGGUCACGACUCCUGUACAGGAGGCAUCAUCGCGCCGACCGUCUUCACGCGGCCAGGACACUACUCAGCCGGCGGGGUUGGCGGCGGAUCGACCUCGUCGUGCCAGCACUGCGCGGAACACCCCUGCCCCCGAGCCGAUGUCAUCGGUGAGACAGCCCAGCAAGAGGACUAAGAGACCUGCGCCGGGCAUCAUCAGCCGGACAAACUCGGGCGGCAACAGCGCUAUAACGAAGCGCAAGGCGGCACCGAAGAAGUCUAAGCGUGGUGCGGCGCGGAAGAAGGACGACCGCGGCGCUGGCCAGGCGUCUGCCGAGGCCGAGGCUGAGGUCGAAGUGGAUGAGGAUGGUAAUGUGAUCGACCCACACGAGCAGAGGUAUUGCGUUUGCAACCGCGUUAGCUUCGGGACCAUGGUGCUCUGCGAGAAUGUCGAUUGUCCUUAUGAGUGGUUCCAUCUCGAGUGUCUCGGUCUCAAGACGGAGAAGAAUCUACCUAAGUUGUGGUACUGCCCAGAGUGCCGGGUUUCACUUGGGAUGGACGGGGGGGAGGGCCGCGAGGCAGGCAAGAGGACGUCGAAGCGCUAGCAGCGCGAUAAGUUGAAGCUCCCGCGCGUCUAUCUUGGCUCUCCUAUCAAAUGAGCGUGAGGUUACGAUGGUGCCGUGGUCGGGUGCACAGGUCAGAGAGUGCCAAACAAGGGUGGCCCCGCCUCGUUGAGCGAGACAGCAUAGCUUGACUCCGAGGGAAUAGAGGCCCUGCCUGCAUGUAUGAGUAUUGGGGCGGACCUCGAAAGUUUGAGGUUGCGAGGAUUAUGGAGCUGAGGAGAAUCAGCAUGUCCGUUAUACGGAACAAAUAAUUAAUACAAUGACCAUCC